AUGCAGAGUGCAUUCACGAUACGAGUGGGCGAGAAGCAGGCGGAUGGUGUGCGGGAUGUCUCGGUGCUGCACAACGGUGAGGUUCACUUUUCCGUAUCCCAUCGCAACGUGAAGUGGGCGUUUCUAACACGAUUUCCCGCCCCUUCCAGGCAGAAGCGAAGUUUGGACCCCGCAUUUGUUUUACCAGAGAGUACAUGUGCCAACUGUGAGUUGGAACCUAAUUUGGACGGUACUGGUGGGGAACGCACUGGAGCCGCAGGCCAUUGCGGCAGCGAAGCAGUGCAAGAGGAGUAUCUGUGCGUGUUUCAUCGUGAUGAGCCAAAGAAUCGGCAUAGCCACUACACCGCACAUCAAUCAUCGACAAUCUGCUCCGCCUAUAACACUGUGCACCCCGCUGCUGUCACACACUUUGUGCUAAAAAACAUUGCUCCCACGACCGUCGUGCCGGGUUUACGUGGCGUGUUUGUCCACGGCAGCCAGCAGUCUUCACGGGGAUCCUCAUCAAGGGCACUGCAGGUGGAGGGGUUUCUGUUCCAUCAGGCAGCGGAUUUAUGGUGGAUGGCUUCUCAGCUGACAUUUCGACCGGUUUACGUGAGUGCUGGAGAUUUGGAAUUGAUAACACGUCUUCCCAGCAAUCCAACCGUAACAAUGAUGUCUGUUUCGUCGCAGGUGGAUAGUGGCAGUGCCACGCCAGGGUACGCGUUGGUGGACGCGAUUAUUCUCACCCAGUUUCAAACAUACAAGGGGCGGUUAAUGACGGUGGCAGUGCGAGGCAGUGAAAUAUGUCUUGCAACGACGGUUGUAGUGGAACAUUUGGAUUCCUUGCUUUGGGUAUGGUGGCCGCAGCGUUUACAUGUGCCACAAUUACAUGUCAAGGCGACGGAUGUCUCUGUGACCAUUUCUGAGAGUCCAGAGGCUCCUGUUCAGGCACUGUUUCUUUUUGAUGCACCUCAUACUUUGUUACAUGUUUUGAGAACACCGAACCUCCUGACUGGAAAGGGUGCGUUGGAGUUGCUCUUCACUAUAUCGACAAACUGUCCUCCAGUUGUGCUUCCUUCUCUGCGACCUUGUAUGAUGCAACCCAUUAUGGUGUGCCAUUACCCAUCCGUGAAUGAGGUGACUCUUUAUCAUGUUCCUACAGUCCUGGAGCACCCUUCUUCCUCCACUAGCAUAGCCACAAUUUCCCUCGCGACUACACUGCCAAAGGAUUUUAUGGUGAAUGGUGUGUUGUAUCAGACGGGCUCUGCGGUUGCUUUUCAUGCUACCCCGCGUUCCUACGGCAACGAAAGUGAAAGGGGAGAAAAGCACGCACAUGAAUUGGAACAGAAGUCAUACGUUGUUAGUUUUCCCUCGCUUUUGGAGGAGCAACACCCGCUUGUACAUUUUAUUUUGGAGGCGCUUGAAUUGGUUUUAGAGGCAAAUUGUGUCGCAUCGCUACAGUGUGAGUUGCUACGGCGCGCAUGGGAAAGCAAACAUUUGGGGAAUGUGUGGGAUUUUGGCAUUGGCUGUAUUGAAUUAAUCAUAGAAGUUGUCCGUACAAGUAUGAUUGGAAGAAGCAGAAGAAGCAACGUACUUGAGAAUACUAAUAACAAUGCUGGUGCUGGUGGAUGCAAGGAGAACGAUGGACGAUACUUUUUAAAAAAUGCUCUCGGGCAUGAGGAGAGGGAGGAGGUACGGUUGUGUGAUGUUCUUCUUGAUCCUAUUGCCCUGAAUGCUGAUUUGUUGCAACGUCAUUCGUUGUGCAGUCCAUGCGCCCCGGAAAAAAAUGGCCGUGAGGCCUUCCAAUAUGGUCCGAAUCUCAUUCAGCUCUGGACACAGCAUCAAUGUGGACUCGGUGUAUUUGUUUUGCAUCUUUUGUGUGAGAGCCUUAAGCUGCAGGAAAGACAUUGGGUUUUACUCGAGCCACUGGCGCAUAUGAACCUUGAGUUGAGUAAAUUGAUGCGGUGGACUCAAUAUGUUUGGUACUACUCAACCUGUCUCUGUGUGCCUGAGACAAGUGACUUUGCAAAUCGCAGUUCAGUGGUCUCGCAACCAUCACCAGCAGACGAAUUUCAGCGGACGUUGCCUGAACACAUUCUUCUUGAGAGAUUUGUCUUUCAUGCCGGUUCUUCCUCAGACGCCGUCCUCAGCGGGGCUCCGCCUAUUUUGUACACCAUCUUUCAGCGUGCACUUGCAGGGAAGGCACGAGUGUCUGGUGGAUGGCCAGCCAUUAAAGGGGUUCUCUCCACCUCGCCCCUUUCUAUGGCCAACCGUCUUUUUUUUAUGCUGGUGGAUUGCUUUGAUGCACCUCAAGCGCAGCACAAUCAUGCCUCUCGCUGGUGGUUUCUUUUGUGCCGAGGUCUUUUAAAAUAUGGUAUUGAUCCCAAGUUUGUCUCUUUGGAGCUUUGCGUCGGCGUGGCGCAGCCGAUUGAGCGAGCUUUGGCUAUUGCAAAGGAUCAGGUAGAUGAUACUUGGGACAAUGACUUCAAUGCCAUCAUUGGGCGUUUGGAUCGCUUGCAACAGCAUGCGCCCACACUUUUACGCUAUGCGGAUUCAUCCGGUGAUGUUUUGCGGGCUGCACAGGAGCGGGCCAUUGGAAGGCAAUACUGUGCCACUCUGAAUGAUGAUGAUGGCGUCAUUAUGCGACCGGACUUCCCGAAGCACUGGGGCGAUCCUCGACUGGACAUUGUGCAGACCAUGUUGAACACGGCCGCCCCCAUUGCCUUUGCCAAGUCAUUAGACGGCGCGGAUGCCAUUUACGCCCUCUUUAGAACUCUUUCCAGACGUGCCACCGCU